GGCUUUACUCUGAUACAUCAUUCAUAGAUGAUUAUGGUUCUUUUAGUACUGAAGUAAUAGAGAUGUCUCAUAAAAAAUUCAAUGAUACUAAAGUAAAAUUCAAUAAAACUUUUUAUACAGAUGAAAAUAUCAUUACAAAUUCUUUAAUCGCAUUUAAUAAAUUUGGUAAAAAAAUAUCUGAUGAUCUUCCAAAAGCAUUUAAAUUAAGAUUAUAUGGAUUUUUUACUCAAAUAGAUAUGAUUAUAAUAUUAAAUGCUAGUAAAGAAGGUAUAACAAUUGACUCUGAUAAUGAUAGAAAUAUAUAUGAACUACCUAGUAAUUUUAUAGUAACUUUGUGUUUCUUAAACGAAAAAAAAAGAGGAGAUCCUAACAUGAAAGAAACUGAAGAUAAUUUUGCUUUCAUGAGAAAUAACCUUGAACUCGGUGAUAUCUUUAAAAAGGGCACAACUAGAUUUGAUAACACUAAUGAUAAUAUAAGAUCACGAAUAAAUCAAGAUAACUGGGAAUUUAUGCUUGCUCAAGAUAUACCUGUUAAUGUAGAAGAAUUAUCAAAAAAUAUUAAACCUGAUAAACUAUUAUGGUAUAAUUUUAGUAUAAAACUUUACCAUAGUCAUGUAAAUACAAAACAAAAAUCUGAAUCACAAAGAAUGCUAUACGGUUUAAAAACUGUAGAUAAGGAAAAAAAUUUAAUAAUUUACUGUUAUAAUAAAGAACUUGUAACUAGUUCUAAAGGAGAACAGAGUUACAUAGUUGGGUAUCAACCAAAUGUUAUCUGA